UGACAGACAGACAGACAGACAGGAGUGAGGUGCUUCGUUUGGACAGAAGAGGAGACACGCUGAUAAAGUCCACAGCCGAACCCCACCGUCAGUUUAAGCGAAUGGUGACCUGAGAGAGAUGGCCGAUACAGGACUGUGUUGUGCCAGCCUGGAGGAGCCCAAGACCCUGAUGAAGAUGGGUCUGAGCAUGGUCCUCAUCGGUCAUGUGAACUUCCUGCUCGGAGCGCUGGUGCACGGUGUGGUGCUCAGACACAUCAACCUGCACAGGCAGGCCCGGGCCAUGGAGUACGCCAUCUCUAAUGUGGUCGCGCUUACCUCUGGGCUUAUAGGAGUUAUUGUCGGCAUUCUGGCUAUUGUCCUGUCUAAAAACAAGAAGAGUCGAGGCCUGACGUGGUCCCUUUUCAUGGUCGGUCUGGCUGCGGCUCUCAUGGCAGCAGCCUCAGCCAUCGGACUCUUCAUAUCUGUGGUGAGGGCCAUCAUUCACGGCGGGCGAAGCCUCCUGACUCACUGCCGCUUCCCCGAUGCCAUUGGCUACUCCAGCGUCACCAACGAGUGUCCUUUUGACCCCACACGCAUCUACAGUACCACUCUGAUCCUGUGGGUGCCUCUGAUCGUGACUUGUGUCAUCCAGAUGGUGUUUUCCGCCCGGUGCUUUGCUGUCUGUGCUUCAUUCCUGGGUCUACCUUGCUGUCCAAACAGGAAGAGAAAAAGAGACUAUGGCAGAGCGAUCAAUGUGGUGAGGCCGAUGGAGGAAGCUGCUCCCUCUCACUACACUGAACCUCCAACACGCUACACGGAACCACCAAGAAGCCACCGCGAACCUCCAAGACGGAAUGCUGAACCUCCAAGACAGCAGCAUAGACCCCCUCCCCCUUCACAGCCUCCUCCCCGUCAGCAUCGGAGUCUUCCUCCCUCGGAGAGGCGGCCUCUUCGCCAGCCGCACAGAGAAAGGUCAAACAGAGAAAGGCAAGAAACGAGGGUUGGCAGCCAGCAAAGGGCACCGGAGGAGCACCAACUGCUGGAGAGGGGUACGCUGGAAAGGUCCAGCUUCUGGAUUUAGACAUAUUUGACAUGACAGAGCUUCUUGAUGACAAAAUGCUCUGCAGUGCUUCAAUACUUGGAUUCAGACUUCAUACUUGCAACCCUAUCGUCCAGUUAGUACUUCAUGAACUCUGAGCCGGUGAUGGGUUUUUUCAGCAGUGCUGAUGUAUGGAUUUUCUGAGGCUCAGACUGUUUGCACAGUGUACAGGAUCCCAGUUAUGUGAGUGUGUCUGUUCUUGUAUUUCUGUUCUGAUGAGGGUCAAAUUAUUCAUAUCAGGAUAGACUUAUGAGGUAAAUCUUUCAAAGUGAGGACAUGGUCUCAAAUGAUGCGUAUAGGAGGGAUUAUUCAGAGUAGGGUUGCAGUGUUAUACCGGUCUCAAGGUAUACCGUGAUAUAAAAGUUGACAGUUCAUGACUGUAUCAUCAUUUGCCUAUUGACGAUACUGAAAAUAAUACAACUGGACAGAUAAUACUUCCAUUAACAAAACGGUUUAAAUGUAAAUAUAAUACCGUUGCAACCCUAAUUCAGAGUAAAAAAAAAAAAAAAAAAGGCAUUUUGAGAAAUUCACUUUGUCACUUUCUUGCUGAGAGUUAGACGAGGAGAUUGAUACCAUUCUCAGUUUGUGCGUUAAGCACGGAACUGGAGUUAGGCCAUGGUUAACUUAGCUUAGCAUAAAGACUGGAAUCAGGGGGAAACAGCUAGCUAGCUCUCUCUAAACAACUUUAAAGUUCGCUAUUAACAUGUGAUAUCUUUAUUUUUUGCGCAUAGAAAGGUGUUUAUACGUCAUGUUUUGUUUUUGAGUUGGGAGUUGAUAAGCUCAGGUUAGUAUGAAACUGGAGGAGACACAGCUAUCCUGGCUCUGGUCACCAUGAGAACGGAAACAGAGGGCUCGGCAGGGACGGAGCACCUGCUGCAGCAAGCGAACACGCCGUCUGUGGUCAUUUUGACUUGACUGGCAAACUUCACUCCAAGCAAAUUGGCUGUAGAAAUUGAAAUUGAAUGUAUAAUUAACAUUCAGGCUUUUGUAUGUUUUCUUUGCUCAUAGGUGUGUUCUUUAACUUGACCUAGCUUGAUUUAUUCCCUGCUGUCAGUCUCGAUGCUAAGCUAAGCUAAUCAUCUCCUGGCACGAGAGCAGAAUCAAUCUUCUCGUCUAAAAUGUGUGUUCUCUUAAUGUAUGAGUUUACACACAUAAUGGAGGCAGUAGGGCCAGUGAAAUGCUCUCACAAGUGGUGACGUACAGUGUGAAAUGUGUGUGUGUGUGGGUGUGUCUCCAAGCUUUUGUGUUUUUAUUGCCUGAUUGAAUAAUUGAGAAACAAUUGAGCGUGUGUGUGUGUGUGUGUGUGUGUGUGUGUGUGUGUGUGUAUUCUGCUGUUAGGUCAAGACACACUCGUUUCAAGACAAACUGCUAGUUUUUGUAUUUAUUAACUUUAGUCAACAAGCAAAUAAAGUUUUUAUUCAAAA